GGGAAACGCGCCGCACCAAAUAAAGCCGGACGCGACGCGCAGCCUCAAGCACACCACUCGACACCACCACCACGGCUGACAAGCCUGCUGCAUCGCACCUCCGGACAACUCUACACACCACCAUGGCAGCGCCCGCAGCACGACACCCCUGCCUGUGGCACGGCGCCACGCUGCUCCUGCUCCUCCUGCCCGCUCUCGGCACUGCCCUUCGCUGCGCCAACCUUCGCACCCAGCAGACCACCUUCAACUGGGACAGCCUCCAGCUCCUCCUCGCCAUGGCUCCUCGCCUGACACACACCUGCGCCCAACAGGACCCAACUUUCCCCUUCCCCAACACCCUCCUCACAAUCCAGGACCCACAACAAGCCACCGCCGCCAUCCUACACAUCCUCAACCACCUCUUCACCACUCUCAGCAGCGAAAACACCCCCGCCCACUGGGACGCGCAAGCGCACCAACAGCUCCUCAACCACGUUGAGCAUCAAAUCCAACACCUCCAGCAAUGCCUCCCGGGCGCCGGCAGGGAUUCCAAAACCCGAGUGCCUCUCACCCACCAGCUCAGCAUCGCCACAUACUUCCGGCACAUCCAGAACUUCCUGCGCACGCACAACCACAGCCCCUGCGCCUGGGACAGCGUCCGCAUCGAAGCUCACACCUGCUUCCAGCGCAUCCACAACCUCACCCGCAUCAUGGCGGAUUAG